AUGUGUGAAUUGCCCUCGACUGUCCCGAUGAAAGAAAAGUUAUUUAACCUAGCUGUCAGCAAUGUGAUCUCCAACGCUAUUAGUGUUGGACUCCGUCUCAACCUUUUCAAGACACUCGCCAAGAUUUCCAGUCAGAAUAAUCCGGUGCUCCCGGAGCAACUUGCAGAGGCAGCCGGUUGCAAGGAGAGAUAUGUGAGGGAGUGGUGUAACUGUAUGGCUUGUGGAGAGAUAAUUGAAGUGAAUGAAGAGGAAAAAUUUUGGAUUGCAGAGGAGAAUGUGGAGGCUCUCACCAACUCCAACUUCGAAACUGUCAUGAUUGGUAGCACCCCGACGAUGCUAGAACCAUUUGACCACCUUCUGGAAUGCUUUAAAUUAAAUGGUCCUUAUGGUCUUGCCUACUCAGAAUUUACCAAAUUUCAAUAUUUUAUGGGAAAAAUGAGUCAGACACUUCAUGAGAAGCAUGUUUUCGCUGAUAUGCUCCCGGCAAUCGGGAAUGGAAUCGUUGAGAAGUUGGAGUCUGGAGGGAUUCGAGUGCUAGAUGUUGGAUGUGGAAAUGGGUUCCACUCAUCGUUGCUCGCGGAGCAAUACCCGAAAGCUCACUUUGUCGGGUUGGACAUUGGAGCUGACGCUAUAAACCAGGCGAAACAGCGGAAAACAAAGUUAGGAGGAAUUUUUAACAAUCUAGAAUUUAUCGAGUGUGAUGCUGGGAAGAUGCCGGGAACCUGGACGGAUUCCUUUGAUUUGGUUUUGAUAUUUGAUGCAUGUCACGACCAAUGCAGGCCGGAUUUGUGCAUCCAAGAAGUGCAUCGUGUACUAAAGCCCGACGGAACGUUUGCAAUUCUAGAAAUCAACAGUUCUAGUAACGUAUUUCGGGAUAAAGCAGAAAUGGGACCACUCGCUGCACUAUUAUACGGGAGAUCCAUGUUACACUGUUUGCCAGUUGGCAGUAACUGCCAGGAUGCUCUGUGCCUUGGGUCAAUGUGGGGAAGGAAGAGAGCAGUGGAUUUAUUCAACAAGUGUGGUUUUCCAAAUGUGAGAGUUAUAGACACCCCAUAUUUCCCAAUUAAUGUAUUGUAUUGUGCUCAGAAAAAGUGA